AUGUCAGUGUUGGAGCCAUUACUGCCCCGGGGUGGCCUGGAGCCAUUACUGCCCCGGGGUGGCCUGGAGCCAUUACUGCCCCGGGGUGGCCUGGAGCCAUUACUGCCCCGGGGUGGCCUGGAGCCAUUACGGCCCCGGGGUGGCCUGGAGCCAUUACUGCCCCGGGGUGGCCUGGAGCCAUUACGGCCCCGGGGUGGCCUGGAGCCAUUACGGCCCCGGGGUGGCCUGGAGCCAUUACGGCCCCGGGGUGGCCUGGAGCUGUGUCUUGAUGUGAUUACUGGUAGUGUGGUGUCCAGAACAGAUCCAGCCCUGUGGGCCAUACGAGACCAGACCUGGAGAGCAGGCCCAGGCCGCCACCAGAGACCACCACCAUGUCUUACCAGCCUGCGCCUGCUCCUUAACACCCUGUCCCCCCAGCCCCUCUCACCAUCCCCCUCCCUCCCUGUGGAUGCCCCCCUGCCUGGUGGAGGAGGAGCCUCCUCUGGUGGGGAGAUGAGCCUGCAGCAGCUGAGGGGGGAUCGGGGGGGUUCUGGGUCUGAGAGGGACCUCCACUCAGCAGCUUCCUCCAUCAGCCUGCCCUCCGUCAGGAAGGGCCCCAAGAAGAGACGCCUCUCCCUGCGCUCGCUGUUCAGCCGGCGCCACCGUGGGGAUCGAGACCCCAAGAGGAAAUCACAGGACUUACAGGUUGGCGGUGUGGACGGGAUCGCCAGCGUGGAGAGCAUCCAUUCAGAGAUAUGUCAUGGAGACAAGACCUCAACGCUCUCCGCCCCCGUUGUGGCCUCUUCCUCCUCCGAGUUCCUGGAGUGUCCUCUCUGUCUCCUCCGCCACGCCAGAGACCGUUUCCCUGACAUCAUGACCUGCCACCACCGCUCCUGUGCGGAUUGCCUGCGCCAGUACUUACGUAUAGAAAUCAGUGAGUCGCGCGUCAACAUCAGCUGUCCAGAGUGCUCUGAGCGGUUCAACCCCCACGACAUCCGCAUCAUCCUGGGAGACCAGCCCCUCAUGGAGAAGUACGAGGAGUUCAUGUUGAGACGAUGGCUGGUGGCCGACCCUGACUGCCGCUGGUGCCCCGCCCCUGACUGCGGGUAUGCAGUCAUUGCCUUUGGCUGUGCCAGCUGUCCUAAGAUCACGUGUGGGCGUGAGGGGUGUGGCACAGAGUUCUGUUACCACUGUAAACAGCUGUGGCAUCCCAACCAGACGUGUGAUGCCGCCCGGCAGCAGAGAGCCCAGAGCCUGAGGCUACGCACCUUCCGUUCCUCAUCUCUCAACUACAGCCAGGAGAGUGGUGCUGCAGCUGAUGACAUCAAGCCGUGUCCGCGCUGCGCGGCUUACAUCAUCAAGAUGAACGACGGCAGCUGUAACCACAUGACCUGCGCCGUGUGCGGCUGUGAGUUCUGCUGGCUCUGCAUGAAGGAGAUCUCUGACCUGCACUACCUGAGCCCGUCAGGAUGUACCUUCUGGGGUAAGAAGCCAUGGAGCAGGAAGAAGAAGAUUCUGUGGCAGCUGGGCACGCUGGUGGGCGCACCGGUGGGCAUCGCUCUGAUCGCUGGCAUCGCCAUCCCCGCCAUGAUCAUAGGCAUCCCUGUCUACGUGGGGAGGAAGAUUCACAAUCGCUAUGAAGGAAAGGACAUCUCCAAACAUAAGAGGAACUUGGUGAUAGCGGGUGGCGUGACCUUAUCUGUCAUUGUCUCCCCCGUGGUGGCAGCAGUUACUGUUGGUAUCGGCGUGCCCAUCAUGCUGGCAUACGUCUACGGGGUGGUGCCCAUCUCUCUGUGUCGCAGCGGUGGGUGUGGCGUCUCUGCCGGUAACGGGAAAGGGGUCCGCAUCGAUUUUGAUGAUGAGAAUGAGAUGAACGUCGGAAGUGCAGCGGCUGCAACUGACGCCACAUCGGUGGCAGAGACCAGACACAACCCCAGCAUCGGAGAGGGCAGUGUGGGGGGCAUGACAGGCAGUCUGAGUGCCAGCGGGAGCCAAAUGGACCGGAUGGGCGCCAUGAGGGACAACCUGAGUGAGAAUGCCUCCACCAUGGCCCUGGCUGGGGCCAGCAUCACAGGAUCUCUGUCUGGCAGCGCCAUGGUCAACUGUUAUAACAGGUUGGAGGUCCAGGCUGAUGUUCAGAAGGAGCAGGGUAGUCUGAGUGGGGAGUCGGCAAAUGUCAGCUUGGGGACCAUCAGUGACAACACUAGCACCAAAGCAAUGGCUGGAUCCAUUCUCAACUACAUGCCUCUGGACAGAGAGGGUAACCUGGAGGUGGACAUGGAGGGGAAGCAGGAGAAGAAACUACAUCACCAUAGCAACAGCAGCAGCCUGGACGACGCCAGCGGCGAUGGGAGAGGGGUUGGAGUGUGUCCCUCCGGCUGCCCCCAUGAGUCUCGCUCCUCCAAAUGGGUGAAGGACCCCUCUUCCUCGGGGGGCAAGAAGAGCAAGGGCAAGCUGAGGACGAAGAAGACCAGCGGAGGAACUAAGAUCCAGGAGACCCGUGAGGACAUGGAUGCUCAGCUCCUAGAGCAGCGCAGCACUAACUCCUCAGAGUUCGACUCGCUCAGCGGCUCCCUGCCCUCCGUAGCAGACUCCCACUGCAGCCACUUAUCAGAGUUCAGCUGCUCUGAUCCGGAGACCUCCAGACCUCCUCCUCUCACCCCCUGCUGCAUUGACCUCCACCCCCAGCGCCCCCUCACCUCCCUGGGAACAGACCUGGUCACCGUCACCCCCCUGCCGGAGGUGGAGAACGACCAUCUGGAGAACUGUCCCGCUGCAUCCUCCUCCUCCUCACCUUCUUCCGCGACCCCCGUCUACACAGAAGGAGGGGUAGGAGGAGGUAUGCUCCUCUACAUCGCCGAGGAGAGCUUAGGGCUGAUGAGGACGACGCAGGAGGAGCUGGACUCCAUCGCGGUGGAGGAGGUCCUGAAGGAGACCAAUAACAACAUGUUGGACGGAGGUGUCGUAUCCCAGCAGCCUUCCAGCCCUGUGAGGAGUGGCUGCAUUCAGACUGAGAUAUAAACUCUCCUGGCUGGCUGGCUGGUUGACUGACUGGCUGGCUGACUGGCUGGUUGACUGACUGGCUGGUUGACUGACUCACUGGCUGGUUGACUCACUGGCUGGUUGACUCACUGGCUGG